GUUCCGGUUUCCCGCCCCGUGGAGGGGGCGUGGCCCGCGGAGGGGGCGGAGCCAGAGGAGGAGGCGGAGCCCGAGGCGGCCCCCGUGGGCGUGGCCGAGGCCGAGGGGGCGGGGCCAGGGGCGGGGCCCGCGGCGGCUUCAAAGGCGGGAAAAAAGUGACGGUGGAGCCGCACCGGCAUGAGGGUGUGUUCAUCUGCCGCGGCGAGGACGCGCUGGUGACGCGGAACCUGGUGCCGGGGGAGUCGGUGUACGGCGAGAAACGCAUCAGCGUCGAGGAGGGCGAGGCCUCGGUGGAGUACCGCGCCUGGAACCCGUUCCGCUCCAAGCUCGCCGCCGCCAUCUUGGGCGGCAUCGACCGCAUCCACAUCCGGCCGGGCGCCAAGGUGCUGUACCUGGGCGCGGCCUCGGGCACCACCGUGAGCCAUGUGUCCGACAUCGUGGGGCAGGAGGGCGUGGUCUACGCCGUGGAGUUCUCGCACCGCUCGGGCCGGGACCUGCUCAACGUGGCCAAGAAGAGAACGAACGUGGUGCCGGUCAUCGAGGACGCGCGGCACCCGCACAAGUACCGCAUGCUGAUUGGCAUGGUGGACGUGAUCUUCGCCGACGUGGCGCAGCCGGACCAGACGCGCAUCGUGGCGCUGAACGCGCAUCACUUCCUGCGCUCGGGGGGGCACUUCCUCAUCUCCAUCAAGGCGAACUGCAUCGACUCGACGGCGCCGGCCGAGGCCGUGUUCGCGGGCGAGGUGAGGAAGAUGACGGCCGAGAGGAUGAAGCCGCAGGAGCAGCUGACGCUGGAGCCCUACGAGAGGGACCACGCCGUGGUGGUCGGCGUCUACCGGCCCCCUCCCAAGGAGAAAUGACGUCAUCGCUCCUCCGGUGGGGGCGUGGCCUAACCCGGAAGUCGCCGCUGCCGUUCAAGAGUGGGCGUGGUCUAACGCAGGAGUGGGCGUGGCCUAACCCGGAAGUGGCUGCGGGG